UGUAGCAAGCCAUACUCGAAGCGUUGCUAUGGCUACAACUCCGGUGUAGCCCGAUAAUAAUCCAGAAUGACAGAACAGCAACGCCCGAAACGCCACUACAGACUAUCAUUUUAUCGUGAACUGAGGAAAGCGAAAAAGGACGUCAGCAAAGAGUUGCACCAUUUAUUAGAUGAAAUCGAGAUUAUCCAGAUCGGCGAGUGGUUCGCCGCAGCGGAAGGAAACAGGAUGAAUAAGGACCAGCUGAAAGAAGUGUUGUCAAAAGUAGCACGGAUUGAAUAUCCCGACGACGUGUUUGAUAGGGAGUUUCUGAGAAUGAACGCUUCUUGUAACGGUUUCGUCAUAUGGGACGAGUUCAUUUCUUAUUUGAUUCUUGGAUUUGAACAGCAGGAAGUAAGCACAGUGUAUAAAACCUUGGCAGCGCCAAUCCCCAUUACUCCCACAAUGAUCAAAAGUAAUCACCGACGAAUUAUAAAUAGGAUUACUUUUUAUCCCACAGUUAAACCAGACAGAUCCACCAAUUGGCAUGACGGAAGUAUUAUAACCUGCAGCCAUGACGGAUUCAUAAACUAUUGGACCCUGGAUAUGACCCUGGAAAGGACUGUCCAAUCCACAUGUCCUGAGUUGAAAAUUCAAACGACUUGGGUAACCGAUCUUGUUGUCUUGCCUGAUGUUAACGUGAUUUGUACUUCUUCAAGUGAAAGGGAUUUAAGAUUUUACGACACUUCUGCGAGGAAAUUCGUAUUACGCGUGAUGAUGACUACCCUCGACUACGCAGUUACAACUAUGUUUUACAAAUUCUACCCUGACCCGGAGCAAGAAUCUGCACUCAUACUUGGAGAUAUGGGAGGUGGAGUUAAGGUUCUUUACAUCGAUACGAUUGCCAGAGGUCCCUUCAUAUCCAAACCUGGCAUCCCGUUACUUCAAGUAAGAUGGGACAGGGUUGUGAGAGGACAUGUGGAUCAUUUUAGAGUUCUUCAAUUUCCCGACCUCCAUACCGAUUUUGUUAGACAAGUGUCAUACUACCCGACGCUUCGAAGCGUCGUAUCUUGUUCGCAAUGUUCAAAAGCUGGCCUCCUAAUGACCGACGUGACCGACAGCAAUAAUAAGUACAUCUACGAUAUUGUAGCAGGUGUUUGGUGCUUCGAUCUAGAAGAAAACGCCCAUAUGGUGGCAACAGGUGGGCCAGAUUGUCUCGUGAGGCUGUGGAAUGCAUUUGUUCCUAAUCGACCGACUUGCACGUUUUACGGUCAUCACAUGGGAAUCGUUCAACUUGUCUUUCAAGACAACGGUCAAACGCUCUACAGUUUGUCGAAAGACAAAUGUAUAAAAGUCUGGGAUAUUCAAUUGCAAACUUGUGUGCAAACUUAUCUGGACCUGCCUCAACAGUUGGGAGAAAGAAGUGAUCUAGCGGCACUCUACAAUCCUGAGUCCAGACAGUGGAUAAUCGGAAGCAGCAUGAUCGCGGUGAUACCAUUAAGCCCAAAGCAGAGCAGCGAACAUACCGAUGGCAACACCCACUCUGGUGGAAUAUCCGUUGUGUUAUACAAUAAGUUGUUCAGAGUCAUAGUGACUUGCGGUUUAGACAGCUAUGUAAUCACGUGGAACCCUUGGGAUGGCAGACGAUUGUUGGUAAUUAAAGACGCACACACUAGAAUGUUGCACGGCGAAUUAAUGAAUGUUGAAAUAACUGCAGCUUCGUUUGACCCCGGCUAUCAGCGGCUGGUGACAGGUGCCCACGACGGCACCCUAAAAAUUUGGAAUUUCAACACCGGGAUGUGUUUACGACACAUGGAGAUCGAGGCGUGGUGUGAAGUCAAAUGCGUGAUCUGGGUCAAAAGUAGAAUUUUGGCAAUGGGUUGGAACAGACGUGUUACCGAAUUUGCCGACACCGGGGAAGCAGUUGGGCCGGAAGGUGCAUUCAGUAAAAACUGGGACCUUCGACAUUCGGAAGAUAUCAGUUCGGGUGCAGUUACAGUUCCUGAGACCUUAGCAACCAGUUCUUACGCCGGUGAACUAUUGUUCUGGCGCUUGGAAACGGGACAACCUUAUAAAAAGUUCAACGUUUCGAACCCAACGGAGCGAAUUAAAAUACAUUUCACUCUGGAAUCAACACGUAGGAAACCAACUAAAGAAAGUUACAUCAAAGACAAUCGAUCACCCAACGUGUCGCGUAUCACAGAUUCCGCUAUAACUUCAUUAUCUAAUGCGGCACCAAAUCAAACUGUCAGAGAUAUGUUUACAUCUACAGGUGGCCAUAAACGUACUUCGAUGUCUCGACCACAAGAGCAAAUAUUAUCAGGACCAAAACCACGUGCUCGAAGGCAAGAAUGACGCUAAAGUUGGCACCCUGUUAGUGGCAUUGGAGAACGGCGUGAUACAAGUCUGGAAUCACAGCGUUGCCGGAG